AUGAGGGAUGGUGAUUAUGGCCUCUCCCUCCAGACAGAAGCAUCAAUGAGCAGAAGCCUCCCAUGCAAAUAUUCAGUCAAGCUGGAUGUCCUAUCCAGCCCGCUAGCACCCGAGGAGACAACUCCGGUUCUCAAUUACAAGAAAGCGUUCCAUAAUAAGACCAGAACAGGAUGCCGUACGUGCAGGCUACGUCGCGUCAAAUGCGACGAGACAAGACCCAUGUGUUUAAGAUGCCUCCGAGCCAAACGCGAAUGUACAGGUCUUGAACCCAUAGCGCCAGUACCCGAAAAACAGCUCAAACAGCUUCGAUUGUUCGAAAAUGAGUGGGAGAAGAGAUAUUUCAACUUCGGUCUGGUUGAAGGCGCCGUCGUCCUCGCAAUGUACAAGCCCUUUGUCAGCCCCAUCUGGAACCAAACAAUUGCCCAGAUUGGGUCGGAGUACCCACAGAUUGUACAUGCUUUUGUCGGAGCUUCAGCUAUUCAGGCUUGUUACCAAAGCAAGUUCGUGGACAAUGUCCAUGAUCGCACUGCACAAAAUCUAUAUUACUUCACACUGGAGCAGCAAAAUAAAGCCAUUGCCCUAUCUCGAAAUGAGGCAAUCCCGGAUGAUGUGAUGGUUCUGUUCUGCCUUCUGGCUUUUGUCUUGUCUUCCUGGAAGGAUAAGAUUGCGGCACCAAGAGAACACCUCAAAGCUGCACGAACAUUCCUCCAAAUCCAUGAUCAGAAGGUCCAGCUGACGGGGUUUGGUCGGAGCACCCUGAUUGAUACUUUGCGGCCAAUGGUUCGUGAAUGCGAACUGGAGGCCGCCGCUUUCACAGACGAUGAGCAUCUGAUCGUGCCGCUACACACAUACUUGAGCCGACAAGACUUACAUGUGCUGCCUGUGCUCUUGACUGCGCUGGACGCACUGCAUCGUCUUGAACAGCUAUUCAAAGUGACGCUUUGCCUCAAUUACGAGCCACACAACGACGACGAGCAGCUGAGAGCUGACAUCAAGAUGGCUGUCUCAAAUCUCCUCAACGCAAUAUCCGGCAGUGUCUCUCACUGGACCAAAGAAUCCGCCCACGAGACAUCAUUCGAGUUCGAGAAACUGCUGCCGCAUUGUCAGGCACUCAAGAUCAUGUUAGACUGCGGACGAGAUACGACGGAGAUGACGUAUGACAAUCAUACUGCCGACAUGGAAUCAAUCGUUUCACGUGUGCAGGCAAAUUUGUCGCGCGAGAAGCAGAGGCUCGAGAUUCGGGGACCGACGAUGAAGCCAACUUUCAGCUCCAUCGGCCCUCUCUUCUUCGUGGCGACGCGAUGCCGAAAUCAGCGUAUCCGUCAACGAGCGCUCGAAGGCCUACAUCGCAGCCUUAGGCGUGAGCGCAAGUUGACUAGCUGUAUGGCGGCUGCCUUGGCCCGUUUUGUGGUGGAUUAUGAGGAGAAGGCCAGCACCAAAAGUGGCAUUCCUCAGUCUGGUCGAAUCACACUAGAACAAGCGGUCUUCUCACGAUUGGAUCAUACCAUCAUGAUUUCUUGGAAACACGCCAUGGACAAAUCUCAAUUGCAGCAUGCCUCCUUGCUUUAUAUACCUCACAUUCACGCGGACGACGGCGCAUUUGUGAUGCACAUGGCUCGAAAAGUAUUGAAGGCCUCCUGCUAUCCUGGCACGCUGCUGAUGACUCCGACUAUCUUGUGUCAUUGUCCGAGUGAGGGUGCGACCUGGGACCCUUCGCCAGUAUUCUAA